AUGGUAGAGCUGCGGAUGAACAACAUGCAAGUGCUAGCUUCGUGGCAUGAUGUGCCUGAUUUGCGCGCUGCGCUCGAUACCGACGUCGACUCUUCUAGCAAGAGAGAUGCCGAGUCGCGGUCUACGACUGUAGGAGUAGAUUAAGGCAUUAUGUUGAGGCUACUUGUGUCUAGGUGCCGUUUUUGUUGGCUUCAACAAAAAGCCUCAAUCUAGGGAUGACCACUACACAUAAAAGGAGUAGAUUAAGGAUUUUUGUUGCGGCUUUUUAUUGAGGAGGACUAGAAAGAUAGCUAGGCUUGUGAGUAGAUUAAAGCUGUUUGUUGAGAUAACUACAUGUAAAAGGAGCACUUUUUUAAAAACUUCUAAUCCAACCAGAAGUAUAUCUCGCGUCGCAUUGUUCGCGCGUGCAGUGUGUUUCAUAAACAAAAACGCCAAGUUCCACCUGAGGUGUUGAAGUACAUGCUCUCGGUUCUUAUUGAAGCAGAUAUGCUGACAAUGGCACGGAGAAUCGCAAAAGCUGAUCUGGAAUUUGCUCGUUCUUGUGGGAAAGGAGAAGGACGAGGAGGGCCGGACUGUCGUGGAAGAGAAGGAGGAGGAGGAAUGGAUUGUCAUAGGACCACUGGAGAAGAAGGUGACAGAAGUAAGGGGGCACAAGUACUAGAUGAAAGAUCAAUUUCGCUACAAAAAGGUGGUAGAAGAGGAACAGAGGAGGUUCAAGUCGAAGAGGAUACAACAGAAUUAUCGCGGUUACAUCUUGGGCUGUUUCACGAAGCAGGCAAGAGUAGCUCUUUGUUCUACAAGAUUCCGGAUUUUUGCUCGAAUUCUUCUACGAAAAGCUUCGACUCCUGGCGUAAGCGCGAAGAACAGCGAGAACUAUGUUUACGGCUUCAUCUUUGUUGAAGUUGAUGUUGCAGCGACAACGCAGGUAGAAGGUUCAUUACGUAUCUGUAUCAUAUUCAUAAAUGUCCUAGCCAUAGAAACUCAAACUCAAGGUCUAGGUCUCUGUCCUGUGAAUCACGAAUAUUUUUUUGAAUGAUCUUCGUGUUCGUCCUCUAAUCUCUGCCGACGUUUUGCUGUAUCAACUUCUCGAAGACCAUAAUUCAGAUCAUGUGGAGAGCAGAGAAGCUUCGUCAGACACACAGUCUUAUGACAGUCUGAUCGCGGAAUCGCCACCUGAAGUGAGAGAUAUUGUACUCCAAUACCUUUCAGAUUCGAAAUUGGUGUAGAUCGCAAUCAAAAUAGAUAAGAGGAGUUGUGACAUUAUUGUGCGUCUACGUUUUUCAUUAUCGUAUACAGAUCGCAUGAGUUUCAUAUUCAUGAUGCAUAGAAAUACUUAGAGUUAGAGGUUGCUUAAUUACAUCGAAAAAUACACCGCUAGUUAUAGUUUGGAUUUGGAGAUGGCCUCUGGAUACAUCAUCGUCAUCAUGUGGUUGUGGAGGUGGUUGAAAAGUGAAAUUCUGUUGUCUGCCAAACACAGCAAAGAUAUCUUCUGCUGUCUGCAAAACGUAAAGGAUUUGAAACAUUUCAAUUACACUUACAGCCCACGUGACGGGAAAUUGACUAAGGGCUCAUCCACACGAAAGCGAUAGGAGAACCAAG